GUGUCUGGUGUUUGGUAUGUUAGCAAUUUGAAGAUACAAAUUUUGGUUUAUAAUGAAUAUAUUUUAGGAACAUUCCAGUACCUUUUGGGAAGUAGACUGCCAGAAGAAUGGCUCUAAGUUUUUCAAAGAGAAUUUCCGGAUGAAUAGAUCCAGCUUUGACGAAUUAUGUAGUCUCCUAAAAAAAAUUACCAAAAAGGACACAAAUUAUCGGGAUGCAAUUCCACUAGAAAAGCGCGUUGCAAUUGCUCUUUAUGCAUUAGGAUCUUCUAGUGAAUAUAGGUCAAUUGCACACUUGUUUGGAGUAGGCAAAGCUACUGUUUGCAAAAUAUUUAUUGAGUUUUGCAAUGAAGUUUGGGCAAGUUGGGCGCCAAUUUAUUUAAACAAUUUUCCCCUUAAAAGGUCGCAAAUUGAGCAAGGAGUUGCAGAUUUCAAUGUAAUGGGUUAUCCACAAUGUAUUGGAGCUAUAGGUAUGCUUAAAAGUAAUGCGAUGGAAAAGAACUUUUAUCAGAAACGGUUUUAUAAUACAGAUGGAUGUCAUAUAGAGAUACACCCAAAAAAAGAAGAAGCCAUUGAUUAUCACAACUACAAAGGGUGGUAUUCAGUCGUACUGUUGGCUUUAGUAGACGCAAAAUAUAGAUUCAGUUAUAUCCAUUGCGGCAGCCCAGGAAGGUGCAAUGAUUCCUCAAUUUUUGAAAAGUCGUCUCUAACACGUGAGCUGCAGGAAUGCGCACUCCUUGAUGAAUUGAGCUGGCAGUAUGGAUCCACAAAAAUACCAGUGCACGUUAUAGGUGACUCAGCCUUUCGCCUAUCUCAGCAUUUAAUGAAGCCAUACCCGCAUAGCGUAAACAACACACCUGAACAACAAAAAUUCAACUAUAGAUUAUCCAAGUGUCGACGUGUUGUGGAAAAUGCUUUUGACCAUUUAAAAGCCAGAUUUAGAAGAAUUGGAAAAGGCGUGGAUAAUCACAUAAAAAAUGCAAACACUGUGAUUUGUGCUGCAUGCGUUUUACACAAUUUUUUAAUUGCACAGAAGGACUCUAUCGUAGAGAAUUAGGUAGUAGAAAUGCAACGAGAUAGCAGGUGCAACCCGCAAUGCAGCAACAACCAAAGUGAUCCAUAUGAAGGAGAAUUGAUAAGAAAUUCUUUAAAGGAAUAUUUCCGUAAGUAUAUUUUUUAAAAAAUUGUUUUACUUACAUAAUGUCUAAAUGCUUUUGUCAAAAAGCAGAUAAUCGUACCUUUCUUACGAUAUACAUAACUUUAAGGUUUGACUAUGUAUUAUAUGC